UUUAAAGCCACGGCUCCAUCUUUCUGGCUGGCCGUGUACACAAACCGGAGGACCCAGAGGGCCCUGAGUGCUGAGAGUGGGCACAAGUGGGCUGUGACAGAUAGGGCAACGGAGCCUGGAGCAGCUAGCUACUUACCCAGGGCCCUACAGCUAACCAAGUGGCAGAGCCAGGGUCCGAACUCAGGAGCUGCUUGGAGAUGCUGCUUCCCCUUCUCCUCCUCUUCCUCCUGCUGAUGCUGCUGCCGGCCCUGGCCAUCCUCCGGCAGCGGCAGCCCCAGGAUGCCCGGCUGUCCUGGCGUGCUGGCCUCCAGCACCGUGUGGCAGGGGGGGCCCUAAGCUGGGCAGCUGCGUGGCAGCAGUGGAGACUAGAGCAGAGCACCCAGCGCGCAGGCCGGAGCCAGCAGCAGGCCCUGAGGUGGUGUCUGCAAGGAGCCCAAAGACCCCACGUUCCCCUCCGGAGGACCACAGAUACAAGCACCUUCCGGAACCAUCUCCCUCUGACCAAGGCCAGCCAGGCCCAGGAGGAAGAAAGUGGGGGGCAGCUCCUGCCCCCUAUGUCAACCCAGUACUACGGGGAGGCCUCCCUGCAGGCCACCUUGCUGGGUCUGGCAGCCCUAAGCAAGGCCUACCCAGAAGUGCUGGCUCCGGGAGGCAUGGCCUGUGUGACCCCUACAUCCCCCUGGCCUCACCCUCUCCCCUGGCCUUGGCAUGCCCUGGGCCAGGGUGUUAGGGCCCCUGGAGCCAAGCACCCUGGGGCCCUGCUGCUAGAGGCACUGAGGUCCCCAGAGCUGCGGGCACUGGAAGCUGGGACGGCCGCUGAACUCCUGGACGUCUUUUCGGGCCUGGAGGCCGAUGGUGAAGAGCUGGCUGAAGCAAUGGCUGCCGGGAACCCAGGGCCACCUCUCCCCAGGCGGGCGGCGGAGCUGCGGGAAGCCCUAGAGCUGGGGCCCCGAGGACUGGCCCUCCGACUCUGGCCAAAGCUACAGGUGGUGGUGACUCUGGACGCAGGAGGCCAGGCUGAGGCUGUGGCUGCCCUGGGGGCCUUGUGGUGCCAAGGGCUAACCUUCUUCUCGCCCGCUUACGCCGCCUCUGGAGGUCAGCAGGACUCAGGGCCAGUGAGCUGGGGGCAGGGGUCAGAGGCCGCACAGCUAACCUGCCAAGUAGUGAGCCCUACACAGUCACCUCAUUUAAUCCCCCCAACACCAGCAGCUCCAUUUUUUUUUUUUUUUAAAGAUUUUAUUUAUUUAUUUGAGAG